AUGUUUGGCGUCACGGCCGCCUGUGUCUUGGGAGGUACUCUGCACGAGUUGUUCAGAGACUUCAAGGACCGGGUCGACUUCCUCUGCGUGUACCUGGCCGAGGCACACCCGAAGGGGAGGUGGGGGUUUGGGUUUGAUUACCAGAAGAUGGACCAGCACAAGACCAUACAAGAAAGAGUGGAGGUUGCACGCUCACUGAUGGAGAUAGACGCCCAAAACCACCACACCUUCACCGACGAUCUCUCCAGUCAGACCAAACUCAGACUGGUGCUCGACAACAUGGACAACGGCUUCGCGCUGGCUUACGACGCGCAUCCAGACCGCAUCCUCGUCAUAGAGGGCGGCAGAGUGACGUUCAUUGGCCGCAACGUAAACGACCAGCUAGAUCAGCCCCACAUGUUGAUGACGGACGAGGCGAGGGAAUGGUUGCAAGAAAGACUUGGUUAA